AUGUCGACCAACAGAUUUCCCUACAAGGACAAAGAUAAGGACAAGGACAAGGACAAGGACGAGGGCGAGGGCGAGGGCGAGGGCGGCGGCGCGGCGGAAGCCGCCAGCACCACCACCUCCUCCACCAUGGAGGGCGAGGACGACGACGACGACGAUGACGACGACCGUGUGUCAAAGGCUGCGCCCUAA